GUGAAGGCAAUUUUAUUUUAUCAGUUAUUUAUGGAAUUUUUGGUUUAAUUAGUGAUGUGUUGUGAUGCUUCGCAUUUAACAACUUCACCCUUUUAUCAGUCCUUGAUCUUUCUCUGGUAGUGAUAACAUAAUCUAAUGGUGGUAUUAUACAAAGAAUAUUGUAGGUUUUAAAGUAUAUAUUUUCAAUAUUGUUCUAAAUUAAAUCAGGAACAAAGAAAAAUGUACACAAUUCAACACGUUAGACGGCCAGAGAAGCCCGAGAAAGAGUGUAUACAUUCGGGUCAUUUUAUGGUAUCAACUUUUGAGGCUGAAGAACAAGAUGAUGAGGACAAUGUAGCUGUUCCUCUUCCAGAAAGCAACAAUGAUACUGUACCAUUACUGCCUCUUAUUUCAGUACAACCAAAAAACAGAAAUAGUUCUAAGGUGCUACAGAAGACACAACAACAGCAGCUGUCCAUUGACACAAGCUUGGCGAAACUGUUUCAAGCUAUGUCUUUAGCUUAUAGACAAAAAUUAACGUCUCCCAAGUGGAACAGAUUCAGAGGUAUAAGACUUAGAUGGAAAGACAAAAUACGAUUAAACAAUGUUAUAUGGAGGUGUUGGCAUCUACAGUUUAUCAAGAAAGAACACACCUUGGUCUGUCAAUUUGCCUCUCCUUUAGAUGUAGAUACGCACAAUAAACCUGAGGCUGUUGUACUAGAAGGAAAAUAUUGGAAACGAAAAUUAGCAGCAGUAACCGCAGAGUACAAACGAUGGCGCAUGUUUUACAGGAACAAUAUUCUGGGACACGUUACCAAAGAUGUCACAGAUUCGUUGUUGGAUAUAGAUCUAGGGGAAUGGGACACUAUGACGGUGGACAACAUGAUGGUGGAUGAAGAUUACAUGGGAAUGAUGAGUGAUACUUUGUUUUCUACUAUUGCCAAUCAACCAUUUGUCUUUCCAGACCCAAGGGAAAUGGCCAAAGCAGGAAUAGCAGACUUUAUACAACCCAGUUUAAAUCCAUUACAGCCAAAUUUGGAGGAUUAUAUGGAUUUGGAUCCCUUUCCAGAAUUAAUUAACAGCAAACUCGCUACAGUACCUGAAGAAACCCCCACAUCACAACAGUCUAUACUUUGGGGAUACAUGGAUAAUAAUUUACAUAGUCCGGAAUCAUCGCUGGAGGUACACAGCAUGGAUCCUUCAAUUCAAGUUAAUCCCUACCAGUUAUCUCCUGGUCAUCAAGUCCAGCAAGUACCACAGUUACCUGUAGUUGACAGAAAACCACAACAGCAGUCUCCAAAUAUAUUACCGAAUAGAUACAACGACAUGGUGUUACCACAACAACAACAGUAUCCUGUAUCACCGCCAUCUUAUCAAACUGUGAUCUCUAAACAUAAUAAUCAGAAGCCACCAAAAAGUAAUUUGGUAUAUAGUAAAUCAAUGGAUAAUAUUUAUCCGACUUAUUCACAACAGAAUGCUGUUGGACAAAGUAUAGAUCGAGUUUCAUUGAGUAAUGCAUCACAAAUAAGUCAAAGUUCUUCACAACAAACUCAAUCCCAACAAAAUCAGCAACAACAGCAGCAACAGCCCCAAAUACAAAAAUACCUUGGUUUUAAAUUAGUUCCAGUUCCAUCUCAAGAUCCAAACCAGGGGUAUAAAUUUUCACUUAUGACCACGCCGACAAUCAAAUUCACCACAUCUCAACAAGCACAACAGUCAAUGAUCCAAAAUUAUACUGGUUUGCCUCAAUAUUCGAGUGUUCCUCGACCUCAAACUAGUGAAGACAAACAACCAAGGAGACGUGGAGGAACGAGAGGCCGGGGUAGAUCUCGAUCAAAUACUAGGGAGCCUAUAAAAAAGCCGCCCUUAGUUUCAGCAGCUAGUGAAUCAUCUCUACUGACUCCACAGAAUAGUGUCAUAUUGACACAAUUGUUAACCAAUAACACAGAACCUGCAACGACUGUUUAUAAUCGUAGUAUAAGUCAAGGUGCUCUUGAGAUGCUUCCAGGUUCAUUACAAAUCAAAGAAGAAUCAAAUUCGAUACCUAUACUACCACAACCAUCGACGACUACACUAAUUUUACCCGCCCCCCAAGUCAAUAUGACCACCGCACAAGCAUCUUCAGAUACGAUGUUACUGAGUUCGUAUAGUAGUUCAAACAGCCCUGUGAUGGACCCUUUGGCCCAAAGUAUUCAUUCACCGACUUCCUCGCAAGGUUCAAUCGGCUCUCCUGGUGGUGAAAGUUCGAGUCAUCGGGACAGGAGAUCGGUGCACAUACAUGCCGAACAGAAACGGCGUUAUAAUAUUAAAAAUGGUUUUGAUAUGAUUCAUUCUCUUAUACCGCAUCUUAAUCAAAAUCCUAAUGCUAAGUUAAGUAAGGCAGCUAUGUUACAAAAAGGUGCUGAAUAUAUUAGGCAGUUAAGGGAUGAAAGGAACCAACUUAAAUCAGAAAUGGAAUCUCUUCGACAACAGAUUGAAAGCCUUAAUGCGGCUAUAAGCAACUGUCAGUCAAUGUUACCCGCCACUGGAGCUCCGGUUUCUCGAAGGAGGGAUAGCCGAAUGCAAGAGAUGUUUGAAGAGUAUGUUCGAAUACGUACUAUGGAAAAUUGGAAGUUUUGGGUCUUUAGCCUUAUUUUUAAACCAUUAUUAAAUUCGUUUAAUAAUUUAGUUUCGAGUUCUAGUAUAGAUGAUUUAUAUCGAUCUACAAUGUUAUGGAUAGAACAACAUUGUACCCUUGGAGAUCUCAGACCAGUGGUUUUAAAUUCACUAAGGUAUCUAUGCACAAAGACGGACAUUCUUUCGGAUCCGGAUAAGUUACCAGAUGAGGCAAGGCACAUAGCGCUCGAAAAUAAAAAUCAGAACAAAUAAUUUUUUAAUUGUGUUAAAGCUACUUAACAACGGAUACAUUUUGCUCAUAAAAACGUGCUUGUUUACACUAGAUGCAAGUUGAAGGGUCUUUUUCAUCUUUAAAAAUAUUUUGUGUAUUUAAAAAAUACAUACACGAGUAUGAAACAAUUUGAAAAACUAUUAAGCUUAUCACGCACGGGGGUGACGUCACGGCCAACUGCGGCUAUAGUCAGUGUUGUUAUGAUCACUUUUCCAAACAAAGAAUAAAGAUUGAAAACACGUUGAAAAGAUACCCAAUCUCAAGACCUUUUAAUUCGUAUAAAGUUAAAAUGUUGCUUCCUCUGCUACUUUUUAUGUUCAAUUAUAGUGUUUUUUAAGUUGACGUACGUACACUGACAAGUAUCUGUCAAAGUUGACGUAAACUGGAAAGUAUAUCUGAAUUAAUAAUAGACAUGCACUGUAUAACUAUCUCUGUCGUUCAGAGCCACCUAUGGUGACAAUAAUUUUGGAUCACACGUUAGUCAGUACACUCACAGGCGACACCAGAUAUAUUUCAGAUUAUAUAAUAUAUGUUUAGUAAACAGAAAUCAGUAAACAACUAGUUAAAAAAUUCUCUAGCUUUGCGUUUUUCGUGUUCGUCUAGCUAGAACUUAAAUAGCCGGAACGAAAUACGUCAUAAAGCAUAAACAAACCGUGCUUCGGUUUAGUAGACUGAAAAGUGAGGAGGCUUGUAACGGGGACCGAAAUAUGUUCUAAUAUAAAUAUAAAUAUGCGCAUUUACGUGCGAUAUAUAAUUAUAUCGCACGUAAAAAAUAUAUAUUCAGCCUUAUUCUCUAACUACAAAUCGAAUAGAAACAGGGCUGAUUUAUCCAUUAGGCAAUAUAGGCAGUUGCCUAGGGCGGCACAUUAUGAGAGGGCGGCAAAAAUACUGUACAAAAAAUAUUUGUAUAUAAAAAUUAUGAAUCUAAGUUCUGUCAUUAAAGAGUAUCUCUUUCAAAUUACUUUACCGCAAGGAAGCCAAAAAAUUGUGCCCAAAUAAAACAUAUAAAGAAAUAAGAAAGAGAAAUUCAAUUUGACGAGGGGGCCGAUGAUAAAGUAAACUUUUCAACUAGUGAUGAGAUGAAAAUCCACACAUUCUAUGUUAUAAUCGACACUCUGAUAAGAGACCUUAAUAGACGUCUGGAAUCUUAUCGACUUAGGUAUUUAUCAACGUUUUCGUGUCAUUAACAGAUUUGCCAAAAUUAGGCAAUGAAGAAAUUAUUAAAGAAGCUGAAAAUCUGAUACAAAAUAAAGACGACCAAGAUACAUCGUUCAUACAUGAAUGCAUUCACUUAAAGGGUCAUUUGGAUAUUACAAUAAAAUCACCAAUUGACAUACAUAUUUAAUAUUUAAAGAAGAGUUAGUGCAGUCACUGAAGGUGGAUAUGAGCUAUUACCUCCGAUUUUGUUGAACCUCCAUCGAUUUGCAUGAAAAUUGGUGAGUGGUUAGAGGAUAUCUCAAGGAACAAAGGUGACACUGUGUCAACUUGCGCUUUUACCCUGGGGGUGGUUACCACCCCUUCUCGGGGGUGAAAAUUAUUUGGUUAAAAAUAUCCCCAGAAUUCGAUAGAGGGGCAAAUUCUAAGCAAAAUUUGUUACAUAAAGUUAUUAAAAUUUUAUUACACAAAGAUUUUAAUUUUUCGUGAGAAAAAUGCAUCUUUUUAACCGAUUUUUCAUAAAUAACUCAAAAACUAUAAGAUUUUACAAAAAAGUUAUUAUUACCAAAGUUGAAGCUAAUAAAAAAAUGAAAUAAACUCUUUACUGGAAAAACCUUUUAAUGUUAACUAAAAGUGAGUUAUAGGUAAUUGAAUGUAGGUAUAUUGUUUUCGGCGAGUACCCAAAUCUAAGUAUUCAAGCUUAAAUAACGGGAAAAUGAUGCAUUUUAUAUAAAACAUAACCUUCUUAAACAUUUGUCAAAGUACUUAGAAAUAUCUAUCAAAUGAGCCCCGAACAAAUAGCAUUAAAAUGCAUGCACCAAAUAUUUUUCAAAAUGUAUCAUUUAAAAAUUUUUCCAAAAACGUUAUUGUUUUUUUUUUUAAAUAACUCCGUUAAUUUUUACGAUAUCAGGUUUGCCUAAAUACUCUUUGAAAGUUCAUUUUAACACGUUCAUUAAAACACGUUGAAUUUAAUAUUUUGAAACCCUUACUUUUUUAAAAAUAAAAGGUUAAAUGGCCCUGGUUACAUGGUUCUCGCAGCAAAAUUUAAGCUUUAAACGUUUCUAUCUCGGUUAUUUUUUACCCUACAGAAAUAGUAAAAAGGUAAAAUAUUUGAUACAGAAAAAACUAAAAUAUGGUUAUACAUAUAUCACUUUUUACGUAUAUUGAGUAUUUUUGGAGUUAUCAAAUGAAAAUGAAAAUUACGAUAGUCUUAAAUCUAAAUUAAAUUACAUCUUUUUUUCAAAAAUAUGCGUUCUAAACCGUUCAAAAUUGUUGAAAUCAUUACUUAUGCUAAUAUAAAGAAAUUCUUCUAAGGAUUACUAUAAAUUUUUAUUUUUUUGGAAAAUAAUAAAUUUUUAUUUUUCACUUUUUCCUAAAAAGUUUCAAGGGAUUCUCUUAUUUUCAUCAUAACUUGCUCAAUUGUGAUGCUAUUAACUUCUACUGCAGCUCAUUUGAUAGGUACUCGUUUUCCCGUUAUUUAAGCUUGAAUACUUAGAUUUGAGUACUCGUCGAAAAAAAUAUACAUUCAACUACCUAUAACUCACUUUGAAUUAACAUUAGUUUAGUUCAUUAAGUGAUGGGUGUUUAACAAAGCUUACAGUUUUUGAGUUAUACGUGAAAAACAGCUUUAGUAUAUGCAUUUUUUUACGAAAAAAUAAAAUUGUUGAUCUUUAAUAACUCAAAAAGUAUUGAUUUAUUUUAAUAACUUUAUAUAACAAAUUUUGCUUAGAAUUUGUCUCUCUAUCGAUUUAUGGUAUUAUUAAAAAAAUUUCACCCCCGAGAAGGGGUGGCAUCCACCACCACGGUAGAAACGCAAGUUGGCAUCAUGUCACCUUUAUUGAGGUAUCCUCUAACUCAGCAGUUUCCAACGUUCUUUAGCUUAAGGCACACUAACUUAAAAACUGGUUCAGCCACAGCACACUUGGGUAAAUAAUCUCUAUAAUGAUAGUGAGUAUAAUUAAAUUUCGCGGCACACCUACAGGGACUUCAGGGCACACCAGUGUGCCGCGGCAUACUGGUUGGGAACCUCUGCUCUAACUACUCACCAAUUUUCAAGAAAAUCGAUGGAGGUUCAAUGAAAUCGGAGAUGAAAACCUGCAGUGACUGCACUAAGUGAAUUGAAAGAUAUUUUCCCUAAUUUUGACAUUGCUUUGCACAUUUAUUUGUGCAUCCCAGUUGCCAACGUGUCCGCUGAAAGGUCAUUUUCGAAAAUGUCAAGAAUUAAAAAUAACUUCCCAUCAAGUAUGACGCAAGAACGUGUUAUAACAAUUUGUCGAUUUUGUCAAGAAAAAUUUUUUUUUGAAAAGUCUCUUUGAAAGGAAGUCUCUGAUGUGAUCGAACUGGAAUGACAAUUUUUUCUGUUAAGUACAGGUAUAUAAACAUCGUAGUUUAAAUCCAUUUUUGUUUAUUUUAAAUCUUAUUUAAAUAAAAAUGUCUGCAAUUUUUUUUCGCAAAAAUGCUACAUGUUUGAAGGGCGGCUACUAUAGAAUUGCCAAGGGCGUCAAUUUACCUAAACGCGGCCCUGAAUAGAAAUGAGUCGAAUCGAAUAGACGUCAGCAAUCGGAUUGGAAUUUGUAAUUUUUUAUUUUUUAAUUUAAUUGAAUUUAAUUUAAUUUGAAUUUGAAAAUUAAUAAUUGAUUCAUUUUGUAGCUGCUUAAUUUUUUAGUUUGCGGUGUAAUUUAUUUAAAUAAUUGUAUAUUUAAUUUAGACAUGUAUGGCUAUGCAUUGAACCUAACCUAAUCUUCAUUUAUUUGGUAUUCUUGUUGGCGAGUCGCAGUGUUGCCAUACUUUUUGGUGUAUUUCUUGUAUAAUUUCAAUCAAUGGUAUAGUAUGUAGUAUAAUGUACAAGAUUAAGAUUGUAUAUGUAUAAGAACGUUUAAAAUAUAAAGAUAGACUUACAGUCUGAAUAAAUGAUAGAAAAAAGGCUACUUUUGGGAAAAGUUGUUUAGCAGUUAUUUAAGAUUGCAUGUUAUUAGUAAUAUCGAUUUUAAUUAAUUGUUAAUAAUAAUAAUUUUAAUUAACUUUGAUUUAAAACCAUUUACACUGAUAUUUUACUAUUUACUUAUCAAAACUUUUCUUUUUUGGUGUUUUAAAACUAUUUUUUAAAUGUAACUUUAUGUAAUGUGAUACUAUGAAAAAACUGAGCAUAUGGCAACGGUGUCAUUAGAUAAAGUAACAAAAAGGUAAAAAAAAAAUAAUUUCACUUUUCAGUACGGGGUUGCCACCACCUUAUGAGCGCGUCAAAUAGAAGUUGGCGUUUUUGAUUUACACUGAUUACGAUGUGAGUUACAGAAUGCCAAUCCAAACAUGAAAACGAUGCGAUAGAUAUCCAACAUUCCGAUUUCGGGUAAUUACGAUUCGACUUGGUCAUUUCUACUCGAUUUGUUAAAAGUUAAAAUAGGGCUGAUUAUGGUUCCGUGUAUGCAGGCUCACUUAUUUUACUAUAGUGAGUGAUAUCAAAUACUAUUGACUGUAAUACAUCCAACUGCCACAGAAAUCUGGAAGCACGUUGCCACUAGCGCGCUAGCGCCGCUGUCGGCUUGAAGUGAAACUACGUUUUGAAAAUGUAAAAUUUGACGUAAACAUUCAAAUUUAAUUUUAUAAAUUUUUGAAUAACAAGCUAAUUUUGCUAAAUUAAAUUAAAAUAAAAAUAGUUCAAACACUUAUACAAAAACAAUAAUAAAGCAAUUUUAUAAAUGUAAGGUUAGAAUGCUCUGGUUAUCACCGCACACCACUAGAUGGCGCUAUAUUGUUUGCUUCCUCAAAUGUAAUGGGAAAUGUCAAGAGUUGUAUGUAUUACAACAGGUAAAAGGGGGAGACGUGUACUUUUGAAGUGUGUAAAAUUAAUAAUUCUUAGCUGAGCGCUUUCGGCUUAUAAAGCCAUCUUCGGAGCUAUGGUCAAAAAGGUCAAAAUACCACUAUGAAGAGAGAUGGGUUCCAUUUAUGAUAUGAAAUACUUCUGUUUCUUAUGUAGUUUUUUAUUUUAUUGGUUCGAAAAAACCUUGUCUGUCUGUUUAAAAAAUUGUUCAAUUUGCUGCUGGUUAAUUUUGUAUCCAGAAAAGUUAAACAUCAAGAACGAGCACAAAGGACUUUCACACGAAAAUUACAUUAUAUAUAAAACGAAUAUUUGAUCAUGGUAAGGUCAAAAAGACCUUACCAUUUGAAUACUGCGGUGUCAGAUAGCAGAAUGGUCGCCUCGCAUGGAGGAUUUUUAAUGACUGUCAUUAAAAAUCCUCCAUGCGAGGCGACCAUUCUGCUAUCUGACACCGCAGUAUUCAAAUGGUAAGGUCUUUUUGACCUUACCAUGAUCAAAUAUUCGUUUUAUAUAUAAUGUAAUUUUCGUGUGAAAGUCCUUUGUGCUCGUUCUUGAUGUUUAACUUUUCUGGAUACAAAAUUAACCAGCAGCAAAUUGAACAAUUUUUUAAACAGACAGACAAGGUUUUUUCCAACCAAUAAAAUAAAAAACUACAUAAGAAACAGAAGUAUUUCAUAUCAUAAAUGGAACCCAUCUCUCUUCAUAGUGGUAUUUUGACCUUUUUGACCAUAGCUCCGAAGAUGGCUUUAUAAGCCGAAAGCGCUCAGCUAAGAAUUAUUAAUUUUACACACUUCAAAAGUACACUUCUCCCCCUUUUACCUGUUGUCAUAAGUGUGUACAAAACUUUUUCAGUCUUUACAUUUGUAUGUAUUACAGUCAAUAGUAUUUGGUGAUAUUUCUAUAAUAUAUGAGAUAUAAUAUAGUAUAGUUUCCCGUGCGUGACAAGCUUUAUACAAAUGACUUACUCUUUAAUGGUUUUCUUUGAAAUGAUGUAUAAAGAUAAUAGUUUCAAUUAUGGAAUUAUGUUGUUAUAUGGUUUAAUCUAUUCUUAUUUUAUAUUAAUCUUUUCUUCGCAUUUGUUAUAUUUUAGCAACAGUGCUAAUAGUACUUGCUUAGACAGCAUUUCCUGUCUAAGCAAGUUACUUUAGUAUCUUAAGCAACGCUAGGGAUAUUGAUUUAAACCAGUCUUUAUGGAUCGCUCUAUUCUUGUAGUGACACAAUAAUUGAGCAGUCCGAAUAGGAGUGACAUAGGUCUAUCUUCUUUAGACGUUGUCAAAACUUCAAAAUUGAGGUCUUACAAAAGCUAAUUGGCUUGCCUUUAACUUGCUAUUUUCUGACAUAUGAAUGACGGGGGGACAAAAUACUUAUGAUAGCAGAAAUUUUAAGGUUUUUUUUUUCACUGAUCAAAUGGCAUUUGAUCACAAAUUUAGGCACAAUCUUCAACGUUUCAUGAUAGUUCUUUAUACGGCCUUUAUUUCUUUGUUAUUUUCUUUCUCAUUAUUUUAUGCAUAAUAUCAAAAAUACACGCCAUUUAAGUUGCAGGUCAUUGACAUUAUAUAGGUAGCCUGCUUUAAAUUCAUCUUGCUUACAUUUUGUCAAAGGCAAUUUGAAUGAAAGUCGUCAAAUUUUUUAGUGUUUGGAUUAUAUUUAUAUUAAAUUAACCAACAUUUUUUAUUGAACAGAAAUAAAUCUAUUAAAGACAUUUUUUUAGUGACCUUUAGUGAACCAUGUUGAGUUUCAUAUUAUAUAAUAGGUGAACAGGACCCUUUGAAUGUGUUUACUCUUUUGUUUUAAUAAGACUCGUUUUUUACUUUUUUAAACUUAAAAUCGCCAUAUAACCACUUACUUUGAUUUUAGUAAAAAUAUAGUUAUAUGUAUGUAAUUUUCGGGGCAAUUGUUUUUAUAUGUGUAUGAUUAAUGCACUUUUUUUUUAAAUAGUUUAAGAUGUAUUGUUUUAUGUAAUAUAGAAAUUUAUUUUUUAAUAUAAUAGAAAAUACUUGUUUUUUUUUUGUUUUCUGUCAAACGCACAAUUCAGAAUGAUUUUUGAUUUUUGCGGUUUACAGACAUCGAUCGAUAUGUAGAACAAAAUUAUAACUAGAAGACACUGAGAAAAAACUUUAUUUAACAUUGGUAACUAAAAUUUUGAAGGAGUGCAACAGUUCUCUUAUCUGAGGAGCAUUGUAAGCACCACGAACAUUACAUCGAGUCCAGAAAGCAACUGCGCAUCCGCCAGGAAAAAUAUUCCGAUUCGGAUUUUUGGCACAAUCUUACUCAAAAAGGACCUCUUUUAACAAAUUUGUAUGUUGCCAGGUCCAAAAGUGGAUCAAAAUUUUUUUAAACAUUUUUUUUUUUUGUUUUUUCCUAAAAUUAUUUUUUUUGCAUCGAACAAUGUUUUUUUAGGUUUCUUGGAUCAUUUCAAACAGAAAAGGUCUUUAGAGGCUUUUCUCUAAAGUUGAUAGUCUUUGACAUAUAAGCGAUUAAAAAUUAAAAAAUUGCGAAAUCGGCCAUUUUUAACCCUCAGAAACUAUGAAAAACUGAAAAUUUCGAUGUUGCCAAGGUAAGAAGAUAUUCUUUGAACAUCGAUUGAUGAAAUCCCGAAGAGUUUUUUGCAGUACAAUAUCGAAAACCCCUUUGUUUUUUAAUUGCCAAUCAAGCGGGCGCUUGAUUGGCAACCGUUGCAUGUAUAUGUAACAUGCGUAAAUAUAUGUGCGGAAAAAUAUUUCGAUUCAAUUUUUUUCACCAUCUUGCUUGAAAAUAUCCCCUCGUUAACAAAUUUGUAUGUUGCCAAAAUCAAAAAGUCAAAAUUUUUUUUAAACGUUUGCUUUUUGUUUUUUCCUAAAACUAAUUUUUUUGCAUCGGACAAAUUUUUUAGGUUUUUCGGAUUAUUCCAAAUAGAAAAGACUUUUAGUGACUUUUCUGUAAACGUGGAAGUUUUCGAGAUAUAAGCGAUUUAAAUUUUAAAAAUUGCAAAAUUGGCCAUUUUUAACCCUCAAAAACUAUGUGAAACACCAAAAAUUUCAAUGUUACCAAGAUACGUAGAUAUUCUAAGAAUAUCGAUUGAUAAAAUCCCGAAGAUUUUUGCAAUACAAUAUCGAAAAUCCCUUUGUAUUUUAAUUGCUAAUCAAGCGGGAGUGACACUAUUUUCAACCGUUGCGUUGCAUGUGUAUAUGUAAUCGGACAACAUUUUAAGUUCAAAAAAAUUGUUUAAAAUUUUUUUUUACACAUUUUUGACCCUGGCAACAUGCAAAUUUGUUAAUUGGGAACCUUUUUAAGCAAGAUGGUGAAAAAAAAAUUGAAUCAGAAUAUUUUUCCGCGCAUAUAUUUACGCAUAUUACUGUAUACAUGCAACUGUUAAAAAUAGUGUAGCGACCUCUUGACUAGCAAUUAAAAAACAAAGGGGUUUUCGAUAUUGUAUUGCAAAAAGCUCUUCGGGACUUCAUCAAUCGAUAUUCUUAGAAUAUCUACGUACCUUGGUAUCAUUGAAAUUUUCGGUGUUUUACAUAGUUUUUGAGGGUUAGAAAUGGUCGAUUUUGCAAUUUUUAAAUUUUCAAUCGCUUAUAUCUCGAAAACUAUCACAUUCACAGAAAACUCACUUAAGAUAUUUUCUAUUUGGAAUGAUCCAAAAAACCUAAAAAAAUUUAUCCGAUGCAAAAAAAUUAGUUUUAGGAAAAAACAAAAAACAAACAUUUAAAAAAUUUUUACUUUUUGGUCCUGGCGACAUACAAAUUUGUUAAGACGGGACAUUUUCAAGCAAGAUGGUGAAAAAAAAAUGAAUCGAAAUAUUUUUCCGCACAUAUAUUUACGCAUAUUACAUAUUAUACAUGCAACGGUUGCCAAUCAAGCGCCCGCUUGAUGGGCAAUUAAAAAACAAAGAGACUUUCGAUAUUGUAUUGCAAAAAACUCUUCGGGAUUUCAUCAAUCGAUUUUCAAAGAAUAUCUUCUUACCUUGGCAACAUCGAAAUUUUCAGUUUUUCACAUAGUUUCUGAGGGUUAAAAAUGGCCGAUUUCGCAAUUUUUAAAUUUUUAGUCGCUUAUAUGUCAAAAACUGUCAACUUUAGAGAAAAGUCACUAAAGACCUUUUCUGUUUGAAAUGAUCCAAGAAACCUAAAAAAACUAUUGUUUGAUGCAAAAAAAAAAUCAUUUUAGAAAAAAAAACAAAAAAAAAACGUUUAAAAAGAUUUUGACUGGCAACAUGCAAAUUUGUUAAAAGGGGUUCCAUUUUGAGUACGAUUGUGCAAAAAAUCCGAAUCGGAAUAUUUUUCCUAGCGGAUGCGCAGUGGCUUUCUGGACUAAUCAGAAGAGAUAACCAUAAGAAUGAAGCUUGCAAAAAUAUGUUAUGAACUUACCAAACAUCGAAGAAGCCAUUUUCUAAUAAAGAUAAUGGUAUAUAGCAUGUAUAUGGGAACCUUACUACUCCGAGUCCUAAUGUAUGGAUCUGAAAAAUAGUCGUUUUCUAAUUCAGAUGAAAAAACACUAUUAAUAGUCGACCGACAACUACCAAUAAAAAUAUUAGGCCCCAUAAAUGACAAUGGAACUUAACGUCGUCCAGCAAUAAAUACAACGAAAUAUAAACCAGUGCGCUUAUUCUUGAAUCGAGAGAAAAUUUUACUCUCCACUAAGCUAACUCACUUUUCUACUCCUUCAUAAUUUCUCUCGAUUUUAAAAAGCUGUACUCUUGAACAGAGGGAGUAGAAAGGGAUGAGAGAAACUGCGAACAGUAUUGCCGUAUUGUUGUUGAAAAUUUCAACCAAUCACAAAAGUGAAUUAUUGGCAAAUGACAUGAUACCGUCAACUGUCAACCUGAUCAUUUGUUUUUGUUUACAAUUACAUUAUUUUUCAACAAAUAAAACAGACAUAGUUUUUUUUGUAGAGUAUAGAGUUUCUGAGUAUUUUCCUAAAUAGAUCUCUUGGCUAGUUGGUUUGAUUGUGGCUUUCAAUUUCUUUGCAUAUGCAUGUUGUGGUAGUAGUAUUGUUUAUCAGCUUUGCACCUUUGUUUUAUUUCUUUGUUGAGGUUUCUUAAACUCAACAUUAAACCGAAGAAUACUCCAUCUAAUGGAUGGUUAUACUCCUUUAGGCGCGAUUGAGAGUAAAAUUUCAUAAUCUGCGCGCAUGCGCACACAGACAGUAUGGCGUUUAGUUGCUAAAAUCUUUCUAGUUAUGUAUAAAUAUAUCAGUGCAAGAAAAGGUGUGAAAAGAAUAUAUUAGUGUUUUUAGUAAAUAUAUUUAUUAUAAUU